AUGUUGAGCAAACUUUUCCUGUCCGCCAUUGUCAUCAUGACAUGGCUUUCGGGCGCCGUUACGGCCAAGCAGAAUCCCAACCAGCAGAUAGUCUGGGGCACGUCCAAGGACGCGGUGGUUGCCCUGUAUCGCAACCAGCACCCCGACCAGACCUUUUUCCUCUACUAUGUCGAUAUUGAGAAAUUCAAGAUCCGGGACAAGUGGCUGCACUACGAGGCGGCAGUCCGGGCAUCGGGAUCUGCGGAAAACAACGUUGGCCAUCUCCCGUCCGUCAAGGUCACGGCCAUGGACGCUGCGACAAACGUGCCAAUGCCAUGGCAGAGCCUCAAGGGAUACCAGACGGUGGAACCGGAACAGGCUCCAUCCGGGUGGGUCGAGAACAAGGCAUGGAGAAAGACUAAAUAUCAGAACUUGUGA